UGCUCCUCAUAAUUAUCAUACGUCUUUCACCUUCAGCCCAUAAUCUUUUGGUGCUUUAUUUUUAUUUAUUUUGAUCUACUAUUUUACUUGCCUUGUUUCUUUUCAUAUCAAUACAAUCUUGCUAAAUCUGUCCAGAAUCUCUUGUAUUAUUGUGCUUAUGAAAUUCUUCUGUGGGUAGUGAUGGGACUCAUUGUGUCAGUAAAUCCUUAUUCCUGUAGAAAGCAUUUGGAACUGGCUACAAACGCAAAAGCUCAGCACCGCAUCAAGAAGUGCUUUUCGUUGCCCAGCUCUCUGCCUUUCCCCACGUGUCAGUGAUUACAAAGAACACCAGUAGAUGGGGCUGAAAUGCUGCACGGUGGGAAGCGCUCCAGCACGCAGUGAAAAUCGAGAGGUGGGAAAUGUGGCUGGGAUUGAGCCCCAGGUGAACUGCUGCUGUCUGGUGCAUUUUUUAGAAGAGGGCGCAGUGCUGCAGGAGGAGCCGGGCGGCAGAGAAGAGGCAGCAGAAGUUGUUGAUCCGCAGCAGCUGGUGCCCGUGGGGGGUGUGUACCACAUCGAUGCUCUGCAGCUGCCACCUCAGGCCCAGGACGUCAGGGGCUGGAGCAUGGUGGAGUUGCUGGAUGUUGGAUUGGAGGGGUAUCCAUAUUCCCCAGGAGAGGCUGAAGAUGGCACACAGGCAGCAGUACAGAUAACCCUCAGGCUCCCUGACAAUGUGAUUUAUUUUGAAGUGCCCGUGGUAGCCCGAUGGGAUCCUGCAGGCCAGCAGUGGAGAACUGAUGGCAUCAGCAACAUAACCUAUGAAGCACAGGAAAGGAGCAUCACCUUUGGGAUGGGUGCCUUUUAUACAGUAGCCCUUCUCCAGGAUGCUCACCUGAACCUGCCCUAUCAGGCCUGGGAAUUGCAGCCUACUGGUGUGGAUGAAGGGCUCUUCACAGUCACUGCAGUCUUUGCAACCAUUCAGAUACAAAUUAAGGAUAAUCAGUGUAUGUUGUCUUCAGUAGUGGUGGAAGAGGAGGAGGUGCUUUCCCACAUCACAGGACAAUGGAUGAGUCCUUUUGCCCUCAGAGAAGCUUUGAAAAGAGCUGGAGUGAACAUUUUCCCAGCAGAGCACUCUCACAAGUAUGUCCCUGUGCCCAGGAAGGCUGCCCUGGCAGAAGGGAAGGCCUAUGAACAGAUGGCUCUGCGAGCUGCUUUUGCUUUUGCUCACAGCAAGUGGAAUGGAGAAGCAGGGCCAGAGCAAGUCGUGUUCAAGGUAAGUGAGCAUCUGAAAGCAGAUUCUGCCAAAGACAACCACUGGUCUCUUUAUAUGUUUAAUGGUGAGAAAGUACAAACCCUUGAGCUCACUGAAACCAGUGAAGCUUUUUCAGAAGAGCUGGAAGAAGAGUCUGAAUUUCACUCCACACUCUACCAUAUGCUCAAGGAUCUUGCCAGCAAGGAAGCCAUGGAUAAAGUGGAAAGAGCUGGCAGCCUGUUUAUUGAUUCUGUGUAUCAGCUGCUCCUUGCUACCAGAGUUUUAGCAUUCUCUUAGAUACUGUAUGCUUUCCUUUAAAACUUUAUUAUCAAAAGCUUUCAAUAAAGUUACAUUUCAUCCUU